UUACAUGUAAAAGACCAGAAUGAAUUGGAUCUGAUAAAUAUACGGACAAUUUUAAAUCAAGCUGUUAGCUGUCGCGGUCGUUUUAAGUCAGUUUGUGUCAUCUCGACCCUGUUUAUUACAACGAGAACCCCAACGGAGAAACCGCAAGAAAACAAAUGAGUUUUUUUAUUGUCAACUAGAGCGCUAACGAGUUAGCUAACAUUAGCUGCAGGCUCACAGCGCUACAGGAGCCGAACAGAGCAGCAGCAUAAGUAGCAGCUCAGUUAGCCAAUAAAGGAAAUAUCAGAACCAUGUAUUUUCUCUAUACAAUACUCGCAUCUCUGGUUUCUUUUUUCAUUUUAAAAUGGCUGAAAAAAAGGAGAUAUUGUACCGACGUGAAGAGACUCGAUGGCAAAACGGUUCUCAUCACAGGUGGUAAUUCUGGCGUUGGGAAGGAGACAGCAGUGGCUCUGGCAAUGAGAGGGGCGCGUGUCAUUAUUGCUUGUAGAGAUGUGGGCAAAGCUGAGAAGGCCGUGAGGGAGAUCAAGUUCAGGAGCCGGAGUCUGAACGUCCUUCACAUGGAGCUGGACCUGGCCAACCUACAGUCGGUACGGGACUUCUGCAAGAGCUUCCUCCAGGGAGAGAAGAGGCUUGACGUCCUGGUCAAUAAUGCGGGCAUGCCUAGUGUCCUCGACUGGACAGACGACGGCUACAGCAUGUGUUUUGGCGUCAACCACUUGGGUCACUUUCUUCUAACUAAUCUGCUCCUGCCUCGUCUGAAAGAAUGUGCCCCCAGCAGAGUGGUCACGCUCACGUGUUCUAACUACAAAUACCAGAAACUGGAUUUCCAUGACCUCAACUACAACCUGCUCCCGUUUUUUACCUAUUGUCGCAGCAAACUGGCCAACAUCUAUUUUAGUCAGGAACUCGCCCACCUCACAGAAGGAAAAGGAGUGACUUGUUUUGCUGUGCACCCUGGCUUUGUUCAAAGUGGGUGGACCUGCCACUACUCCAUCUUGUUCCGGAUGCUGAUGCAGGUGAUCAUGUGGAUGUUUUUUUUGCCAUGCGAGAUUGGAGCUCAGACUGUCAUUUACUGUGCUGUGUCAGAUGAAGCUGCCAAACACAGUGGUGGUUACUUCGUGGACUGCAGACCUGCCACUUUGCGUCCUUUCGCAAGAGACACUGGUGUUGCAAAAAAACUGUGGGAGGCCAGUGAGAGGCUUGUGAAGCUGGCCUGAUGUCAGAUGGAUGGGAAACCAGUCGUUUUUUUAUAUUUGUUUAUUUUUAACAAGCAUUACUAAUGGUAUACCUUCAUGACAAUUUUCAAAAUGUUUUUAUAAAGAUGCACUUUUUAAAAUUUUAUUUAAAAAAUCUAUUACUUUGACUGGAAAAAUUAUGUGAUAAUUUCAUUCAACAUGUUUACAUUUAUUCAAUUAUUUAGAUUAGAGUUUUUGUAUUGACUAGUUUGCAGUGUAAGUUCCACAUAAAAAAUUGAGUCAGAUCUAUUAAUUAAAGUGAGAACUUUAAGGACAAUGUUGCAUAAAAUGUUUUUGUAAUGGCGAGAAAUUAUGAAGGUGGUGAAAAGGCAAAAGUAGAUUUGUUCACUUGUUUUUUUUUUUUAAACAGCACCAUCUGAUGGUGGAACAACGAAAUAGCAGUUUCAUUUGAAUCAGUUCUCCACCCAUCUAUGCAGUAAAUGAAACUGAAAGAUUUGUGGUGGUGUUCACAACUGAGCUGUGACUACUGGACACGAUCCGACCUCUAAAGGAUAAUACAAAUAAAAUACAGGGGUUGUUGUCAGGUGAGUCUUCCUACUUUUCAAAUUUAAAGACAAUUAAUAAACCAGAGGAAAUGGCGAAACAGAUAGCUUUUGUUGAAAGUUUCCUGAGCUGCCAUGUUUGUUCAGAGACGUUCAGUGAUCCUGUGUCUCUGAGCUGCAGCCACAGCUUCUGUUCAAGCUGCCUGACACAACUCUGGGAACAACCUGGAAACAAGAACUGUCCCAUCUGUAAAAGAAGAUCUUUGGAGGAAAAUCCAACUAUUAACCUUUCUCUCAAAGAACUCACUAUUCUGGGCUCUGAGGGCUUCAGCUCAGGGAAACACAGCUGGGAGGUGGAGGUGGGAGAUCAUCCUGGCUGGGUUGUUGGUUUGGCUAAAGAAUCAGUUGACAGAGCACAAGGUUUUGCUUCACCAAAAAAUGGAUUCUGGUGUUUAUGGCAUCGCAAUGGUAAAUACACUAAUGAUUUUGGUAAAACUCUGAUAGUGAAGAAGAGUCUCCAUAAGAUCAGAGUCCAGCUGCACUAUCACAGGGGGGAGGUGUCCUUCUAUAACCAAAAAGACAUGACUUUCAUCUACACUUACAUAGACACUUUCACUGAGAAACUCUUCCCAUAUUUGAAUAUUGGAAAAGCUGCUGAAGCAAUAACCACUGAAAUUAAAAUCUGUCAAUCUCAGAUUUCUCUUUCAUGUUCACGGAAGUGAAUUGAAAACAUCAUGAGUGUUUGUAGCUUCUUAUCAUCUAUGUUUAGAUACAACAUUGUGUCAUUUGUUUACAUUGUUACAUUUUUCUUUAUAUCAGACUAGAUUGUGUUUCAUCCCAUCUGUUGUCCAAACAUUGUCUCUUCAUAAGAGCCACAUUGAGUCGACUUCAACAAAGUAAGAGGUGAACACUUGAUGUUAACACUUUAUGUUGAUUCACUGGUUCCAGAAUGUAAAUCUUUUCACUAUUUGUUAUUCAAUUUUUAACAGAAUAGAGAGUAAUUUGUUAUAAUGUCUUAGAAAUUCAUUUUCACUAUCCACAUUAUGACAAAUCUUUGUUUGCCAUUAUGAGGUUUUGCAAAUAUAUAUUUUUUUAUUUCUUCAAUAUUAAAUGAUGUUGUCUACUCAGA